AUGUGUCGGGAAGCUCAGGAAGUAUCAGGGUGGGUGGCUCAGGAUGUAUCAGGGUGGGUGGCUCAGGAUGCAUCAGGGUGGGUGGCUCAGGAUGCAUCAGGGUGGGUAAUUCAGGAUGCAUCAGGGUGCGUGGAUCAGGAUGUAUCAGGGUGGGUGGCUCAGGAUGCAUCAGGGUGGGUAAUUCAGGAUGUAUCAGGGUGGGUGGUUCAGGGUGUAUCAGGGUGGGUAAUUCAGGAUGUAUCAGGGUGGGUGGUUCAGGAUGUAUCAGGGUGGGUGGUUCAGGGUGCAUCAGGGUGGGUGGUUCAGGAUGUAUCAGGGUGGGUGGCUCAGGAUGCAUCAGGGUGGGUGGUUCAGGGUGUAUCAGGGUGGGUGGCUCAGGAUGUAUCAGGGUGGGUGGCUCAGGAUGCAUCAGGGUGGGUAAUUCAGGAUGUAUCAGGGUGGGUGGUUCAGGGUGUAUCAGGAUGGGUGGUUCAGGGUGUAUCAGGGUGGGUAAUUCAGGAUGUAUCAGGGUGGGUAAUUCAGGAUGUAUCAGGGUGGGUGGUUCAGGGUGUAUCAGGGUGGGUGGCUCAGGAUGCAUCAGGGUGGGUGGCUCAGGAUGCAUCAGGGUGGGUAAUUCAGGAUGUGUCGGGAAGCUCAGGAUGA